AUGUCGUCCAACCGACGCGGCGUAGGCCUCAGUGCCUUCUCCAACGCUGCAAUCUCUUCAGAUAAAUAUGCUGCCCACGGGGCCGCACUCCGGACAAGCCAUGCCGAUGCACUCGCGAACCAACUCUCGGUCUUCCAGGCCGCCCUGCACAACUUCUCCUUGACCCACGCGAAAGACAUUCGCAGCAAUCCGACCUUUCGAGCCGAAUUCGCCCGUAUGUGCCAUGCUAUUGGGGUCGAUCCACUUGCGGGAAGCAACGCCAAGGGCAAUGCUGCAGCAGAUGGCAAGGGUGGUAGUGUUUGGGCAAAGAUGCUGGGAACAAGUUUAAACGACUUCUACUUUGAGUUGGGUGUCAGGCUGGUGGAGGUCUGUCGAGAGAGCAGAGCGGAGAAUGGAGGUAUGAUAGCACUUGCGGAAGCUCGGAAGCGAAUCGCGAAAGGGCGUGGCCUGGUAGGAGGCGGCAUCGAGGUGACGGACGAUGAUGUCGAGCGAGCAUUGGAGAGCCUCGAGCCUCUCGGGGGCAUGUUCAAGAUCACGAAGCUCGGCAGCACAAAGUUCAUCAGAUCUGUGCCGAAGGAGCUGAACCAGGAUCAAUCGAGAGUUCUCGAAGUCAUCGACAUCAUGGGCUUUGUGACUGUUUCAAUGCUGCGCGCGAACCUGCAAUGGGAGAAGGCUAGAGCGAUCGCCGUCAUUGACGACAUGGUAAUGGACGGUCUGUUGUGGGUUGACGAGCAAGGAGAAGAAGUCGAAUACUGGAGCCCGAGCCUAAUGCAUGGAGGAUGAGGAUGCCGAAGGAACUCUGAGAGAUUCCAGUUUCGCUGCUCCCAAGGACAAUCGCGAAUAUCCUAUGAUUUAGACCGCGCAAGGUCUGGCGACUCUGUUACAUCCCGACCCAGUAUGGCGCUGUUGCAUCACUGGAGCGCGGAAGG